GAGAAACGAGCAGGGAACGUUCUGAGAAGGAACUGCAAGGAACGAGCGCGAUCGAUUUUACGUUAAAAUGGUACCGUUCGCGUCUUGAUACUUCCGUCGAAAAAUGUUAAUAUUAGACUCUAAUCGUUUCGAUGCAUUGACCUGUCUUUUCGUCGAAUUCGACGACGUGUAUUCGUCUCAGUAUGGUUUUUGGUAUACAACAACGGGUGAAAGAAUUAGAAAAAAAUAGACACGUUCGUUGCGUAUAUCAAUAGAACAACGUUUUGCACUUUAGCCUAUUAGGAGUAUCAAACUCGUUCCCUAUGACGUAAAUAAUAAUCUAGCUUAUAUCACAAUGAGUAAAGCACGAGUAGGGUCGGAGUAUAUUCCGCUAGUGGAAGACGAGAUGUCUAAAGCGCGGGUUGUUUUGCCUUUCGCUAAGCUAGCAUGGUUCACCGUCUCUGUACCAUUCCUAGCGUUUACUUUCUGCGUAAUUUGGUCCAUCGUAUACAAUUUUGAGCACUCUACUUCCACGCAUUGCAAGGUAUAUAAUUUUUUACCAUCUGUCUCGGCAGCAAUUGGACAUUAUAAACCGCAAAGAGAUAUAUGGAAAAUAGCGAUUGCUAUGCAAGCAAUAAUAAGAAGUUUAAUAUUAGUAAUGUAUUAUCGUUAUUACAAGGAACAUAUCUAUAAAUGGGCACAAACUAUAUGUAAUAUUGCAGUAAUCACAUAUGCCAUUGAGAACAUAUCUCUUGUUACCUUAAGCUUCUGGACUUCAGAUGAAAAUUAUGCCUUCCAUAAAUUAUCUUUUAUAAUGUUUCUGAUAAUGUCUUUUAUUCAUAUGCUUGUGGCAUAUUAUAUUAUGAAAAAUUGUCGUAACACUACAAGGGAAUCAUCAGAGAAUGUUUCAAUGAAAUGGAAGCGGAGAUCAUUGGUGCUAAAUGUGAUGUCUAUAUUGUUUGCAUGUUAUUUUUUCUAUAGGCAUAACAAAUAUUGCGAACCUCUAGUCUACUCUAUGUUUGCAUUAAGCGAAUAUGGAGUUGUCCUUUCUAAUAUGGGAUUUCAUUCUACAGCAGCUUGGGAUUUUGCAAAUUCCCAUCUGAUGAUAUCAGGAACAAGGUUUAGAAUAAUUUGAAAUGACAUUCAAUGGAUAUUGUCACAGUUACAUAUCAUUGAAGAAUGUUUAUAUGCUUCCUCUUUAUGUUUGCAUUUGAACAUUACUUAUAGGGAGGAAUGGAUUUUAUUUUAUUUCUGUAUACAAAAGUACAAAACACAAGUCAUUAAUAAUGAUCCAUGUAUAAUU